GAUACAGGCAGGGGCGGACUGACCAUUUGGAAACUUGGGCACUGCCCGAGGGCCCAGGGUCAGUAGGGGGCCCCAUGAGAUGCUCCUGGUACCUUUUUCAUAGGCUUUUGUGAGUUUGGGCAAGGACACAGGGGCCCCAUGAUCCCCUAUUGCCCGGGGGCCCCAUGAGUUGUCAGUCCAUCCCUGGAUACAGUGCUGCCUAUCAGUGCCACCUAUCAGUGUCAUAUAUCAGUGCUGCCUUUCAGUGCCCAUCAGUGAUGCCUGUCAAUGCCCAU